UUUUCUUUUUGAGCAAGUAAAAAAUAAGGGCACCACCAAAAAUUCCCAGUGCACACACUUCACACAGUAGAAACACACACACACACACAAAACAGAAGAUAUAUAAGCCACCAUUUAAGACGAGCUUGCUUACAUAUACGGCGUGCUCCUCAAGCCAUUUUCUCUCAGAUCUCUCUCUCCCAAUCUCUCUCACACACCACACACACACACUUUCUCUCUCCUCCUCCUCACGUAACCCUCAGAUCUGAAAAUCACCGCCUCCUACUACUACUACUACCACCAGUACCACUGUUACACCUCCACCGCAAAACACACACACACACUACCACCGGAAUUCCGACGAUUUUUACGCAUCAACGGUGCUCGUAGAUCUGUUCGACAUCUCGAAAUGAGUUAAAAUUCACUUCCGACGUGUGUGCGCAGAGAUAUUAUUCAAAAUUUUAUCUAUACAUACAAAUAUAUAUAGGAGGGUUUUGUUGUUAUUGUUAAACAGCGCAGGGAUACACAUACAUAUUCGAUAUGGCAAUGCAACCAGGGGCGGUGGUCGUACCUGAUAAAACCCCGGCGCAGUGGUACAACCCCCAGCAGCAGCAGCAGUCUCCGCCGCCGCAUCAGCAGAUGGAUGAGAAGAAGGCGUUGUUGAUGUGGCUGAGAGGUGAAUUCGCAGCUGCUAAUGCGAUAAUCGAUGCGCUUUGCCACCACUUGAGGGCGGUGGGGGGUCCCGGGGAGUAUGAUGGUGUGAUAGGGUCUAUACAGCAGAGGAGGUGUAAUUGGAACCCUGUUUUGCAUAUGCAGCAGUAUUUUCCGGUGACUGAGGUGGUUUACUCACUGCAGCAGGUGGGCUGGCGGCGGGAGCAAAAGCCGGCGGGGUUUGAGGGGAGGAUUGGGGGAGGUGGUGGGAAGGACUUUCGGAGAGGCGGUAGGGGCCAGAGAGUAGGUGUUGAGGUGCAGAAGUUAGGUGGAGAGGUGACGAAUGGUAAGUAUUCGAACAAUGCGUAUGCCAAAAGCAAUGUAAAUGGGAAUGGGAAAUUGGAUGGAGGGGACAAAGCAAAUGUGGAGGAGAAGGGUGAGAAGAAAGAUAGUUCAGAAAUGAAGCAGGGAAGCACACAAGGAGCUGUUGCUAAUGCAGAUGAUAAAGAAGAUGCUGUAGGUGAUUUCUUAGCUCCAACUUCCGAGAAACACAAUCUUGAAGUCUCUCCGAAAUCUUUUACUGUUACCGAGACGUGUGAAGGAAAAUUGGUUAAUAUAGCUGAAGGAAUGAAGCUUUAUGAAAAUGUACUUGAUGAUUCAGAAAUUUCAAAGCUUAACACUUUGGUGAAUGCUUUAAGAGCUGCUGGGAGGAGAGGACAGUUGCAUGGACAAACUUUCAUCGUUUCAAAACGACCCAUGAAGGGACGUGGAAGAGAGUUUAUUCAAUUGGGUGUCCCUAUUGCUGAUGCACCUCUCGAAUAUGAAUCUGCUGCAAGGACUAAUAACGAUCUAAAAACUGAGCCCAUCCAUGCUUUGCUUCAAGAUGUCAUCGACCGGUUACGCGCUGAACAAGUUGUUAGCAUCAAUCCAGACGCAUCCAUCAUUGACAUCUUUAGCGAGGGUGAUUACUCACAGCCUCACAUCAUUCCACAUUGGUUCGGAAAGCCCGUGUGUGUUCUGUUCUUGACAGAGUGUGAGAUGUCUUUUGGUAAGACAAUGGCAGUUGAUAAUCCUGGAGAUUAUCGAGGCGCUCUUAACCUCUCCCUUUCACCUGGUUCUGUGCUUCAAAUGCAAGGGAGGUCAGCCGAUUUCACCAGACAUGCAAUACCUUCGACAAGGAAGCAGCGAAUACUCAUUACUUUGGUAAAAUCGCAACCCAAGAGAACCGCCACACCAGCACAACCGUCUUCCAACUGGGCGCCAUCUCACAUUAGGCCGCCAGGUUCUAUCCGUCCAAUGGCCCCGCAGCAACACUUUGUGCCUGUUCCAGCCAAUGGCGUACUGACACCUCAGCAACUCCCCCCACCCCCAGCAAACGGUAUGCAGCCACUGUUCGUUCCUGCCCCUCUAGUAUUUCCAGCCCCGGUUGCUCUUCCACCUCCUUCUGCUGGAUGGCCGCCAGCAAAGAACCCUCCUCCCCGUUUGCCAGUUCCUGGAACAGGGGUUUUCCUUCCGCCUGGUAAGUCAUCAAAUCAGCCACCAUCCGUCGCUGCUACUGAGAAUAUCAUCGCUGAGUCAGCGGCUGUGUUGGAGGAAAAUGGUGUUGGGGAAUCCGUUGCAACUGAAAAUCAAAAUCUCACAGCUGAGUCAGCGCCUGUGUUGGAGGAAAAUGGUGUGGGGAAAUCCGUUGCAACUGAAAAUCAAAAUCUCACAGUCGAGUCAUUGGCUGUGUCGGAGGAAAACGGUGUAGCGAAAUCAAACGGUGUUUCACAGCAUGAGUGUGAUGGUACAAGCACCGAUGUUAAGGAAGACGAACGUGGAAAUUGUGAUUCGUGCAAAUCGGAUGAAGCAAGUUAGGUGAAAAGGAGAAAGAGAGAGAUAGUAAAAGAGAAGGUUGCAGCAACUGAGUUUAGAAAAAAAAAGGUAAUGUAAAGAGCGGCGAAGUAUGGAGAUAGUUUUUUUGACACACGCGUAUUUUGCGAGAUGAGUGAAUCUACUUUUUUUCCUUUUGGGUGCUUUAUAUGAUGAAUGAUAAUCGUGUAUGCGUUCAAAUUAGAUGACUCUUUCUCGGGAUUGGUUUCGAACCUGUAGUUUAUCUCUCUCUCAUUACGUUUUUGAGCUAUCAGUAAUGAGGACUAGUAUUUUUGCUGCCAA